AUGGAUCUGGUGUCAACCAUCCGCAAGUCAGGGUCACGAGGAGGAGUCAAUUUCAGCUGGGAUGAGGUGGCCAACUCGGCGCACCGUGAGAAUUAUCUCGGUCAUUCUCUGAAAGCGCCCGUCGGGCGAUGGCAACAAGGUCGCGAUCUUGGGUGGUAUGCCAAGGCGGAUGCGAGUGACGCCAAUGCCAAUGAGACGGAGGAAGAAGCCAAGGCUCGCAGGCGUCGCGAGGAGAUACAGAAAAUUAAGGAGGCGGAGGAGGAUGCGAUGGCAGUAGCACUGGGCCUGCCGCCGCCGGUCCGGAAUCAGUCAGGGGCAAAUGCCAUAGAGGUGUCCGGAUCGAGGAGCAUCGACGAUCAAACUGCGGCUGGAGGACUCCAAGUUACGAAGAAAGAGGAGAAGAGCGAGGCAGGUCGUGGGCGGCGAUCAGAAGGCGCCGUCACCGCAGCCGAAGCCGCAGCAGAGAAAGACAUCGGGAGUAUCGAAGGAGGGACCAAGACGACGAUGCCGAACCGUCCUCACGCCAUGACCGCAGGAGUCACAGGAGCAUGA